GGGAUGGAUCAGGAGUCAGUUCCAACUAGAGCUGUGGAAGGCUGAGAUCUGCCUGCAGUUCACCAGAAUGUUAGAAUAGAACAAAUCAGAUUCGGAAAAGAUCAGAGUAUUGGGGGAGCUUGAGAUCUUGUUGGAGAAAAAAAUCUGAUGAUGGAAGGUUUUAAGGAAGAAGCACAGAAUUCAACUUACUGUUGAACUGAAUUCGGACGAUGCAAAUUCUAUAGCACUGCUUGGCAUUGCAAGUGCUGGAGCUCCAGCAGCAGCAGUGGAAUGCAAUGUUUCUGGUUUUGGGCUCCACACCCUGAUGGAGGAAGAAGGAUUCUGCAGCUCUGCUCCCUAUCUGGAAAGGAAACAACUUAGCUCUUGGGAAGGAAAUAAACAGCAGCUGGGGAGGAGUGUGUCUGAUUGUACGCAUGUGGCAGCUAAUACUGCCAUUUCCACAUCGAUUAACAUGGAAGAGGAGGUCUCUUUGCAAGGACAAAUGGCCAUGGACUUUUCUCAGAAUAACUGCCUGAAGGCCAGUUCAAGGAUACCACCCAGUCCAGCAGAAAGUUUUCCAACAGAUAUCUCCCUGAAGCUAAUCAUGGUAAAACGAAAGAGUGGACUUCCUGACCCCCGACUGCAGGGAGAACUGAGAGGACGACUCCGUCUUCUGGAGAAUGACAGCAGGGAGGUCAUGGCAGUUUUUAGUGAGCUGUCUGCCAGAUUGUUGUCUAUUCACAGUGACCAAGACCUAAUAGUGGUGACAUUUAAAACAUUUGAAGAAAUAUGGAAGUUUUUAACCUACUAUUCCCUUGGUUUUAUAAAUCACUGCAUGGAGAAUUUGUUGCUAGAUCAGUCUUUCUGGCUCUGUUCCCAAGAAGAGAAUGAGGAUAAACAAGAAGAAGCUGGAAUUGAAGUCGAUAUAAAUGAAGAGUCUCUAAAUUUGAUGUACAGAGGUCUCUUAAUACAGGAAGGAACUUUCUUUGUAUUAUGUCCUGACAACCUCAUAAGAGAGACAACUGCUGCAGACAUGGCAGUGAAAGUUUAUCAAGAGAACAGAAGAGUUACUGAAGACAUCUCUGGUGGAUCACUGCGUGAAGACCUGACCACAGUGUCUAAAGCUGCUGCAGAGACUUUGAUUCCUUUUCAUCAAUGGUUUCUUAAAGUAUACUCUGAUCCUGUUCAUUUUGCUAGCAAAAUGGAGUCUAAAUGCAGCAAGCAAAUAGCUACGGGAUCUUCUGAAGCAGUGAUUAGUUAUGCAAGUGCUGUGCCUGAAGAGAUUAGCUUCCAGAGUGGAGACAAAAUUGAAAUCAUUGGCUACUUCAUAGAAUGUCUGGAGUGGUUUGUUGGAAGACAUAUGUUGACGGGACAAAUUGGUUUUGUAAAGACCAGCCACGUUAAACCUGACACCUCUGGAACUGAACAACAAAAUCUGGAUUUUCUUGAUAAGGAAGAGAAAUCUUUUUUCGCAAAAGAAAGAAAUGUUGUGGAAGAGGAUGUGGUGCAUUUAUUGAAGCAGACAUCAAAUACAGAAGUUUGCACUGUGUAUAGAGUAGAUAGAUUAGAAGAAUUAGAAUUUCAGAACCCUCAAGAACAAGAAAUGCCACAUCCCUCAUCUAAUACAGACUCCAGUAGAAUGAGGGAGAUGGUAAAAGAAUCCCUUAUGAAAUGUAAAGAUUUCCAGCUCCACUUGAAAGGGACAUCUAGUCAAGGAAAUGAUUUUCCUAGCUCUUCAAAUCAGCAGACCUGUGCCUUGGCUGAAGAGCCACGUUUCUGCAUACAACAAGAUGAAGAAGAUCACGGGUCUGGGGUCUUUCAGGCAUUAUUGUUGUUCUUAAACAGUAAAGAGUAUGAGGUGCACUUCAAAAACCUGUACGACUUCUCCUUCCCUUUUCUUAACACCACAUUUUAUGGCUACACUGGUGAAGAAGAACUGGUUGACUAUUUUGGACUGGCAAGGGAGGCAGCAAAGAAAGCAAAUCUGCCUUGGGCCCUAACAAGGCUAUGCUUUCUCUUGGGUAGACUGUGUGUGAGAAAGCUCAAAUUUUCCCAAGCUCGCGUUUAUUUUGAAGAAGCCUUAGGAGCUAUAAGAGGAGGUUUUAGUGAUCUGUAUCUUGUAGUUGCUCUUUAUACAAAUCUAACAGUCAUCUACUUGAAACAGAAGAACAAAGGAAAAUGUGCUCAGAUUUUUGACAAGGUUACUUCCCUGCUCAUGGGAAUUCCCAACUACAUCUGUAGCACUGACAUGGAGUCAGACAUUCUAAGGUACGCUUUAAAGAGGACAGUACUGAGUCAGAGCAAGCAUGCAGAAGCCAGAGCAUGCUUCCUCUUGGCAAAACAUUACACAAAACUUAAACAGUAUGAAGAUGCACUACCAUUUCUAGAAAGGCUGCAGCUUUUGAAUAAUGACUUGGAUUUACAGAAGAGCUCGCUGUCAGCCGACUGCUAUUUUAAACUAGGUGAGUCCUACAAUCAAAAAUGCUUGCCACACAUUGUGCUAAGUUGCAUAAAGGUUGCUUCUUCCCAGGGAUCCUAUACUCUAAUGGACUCUUUGAGAAGCAUUGAUUUAGUCACCAAAAAUGCUCCCAAACUCCAUAGGCUGAGGAAAGCUGGGCAAAUGCUCCCAUCCCAAAUUGCACCUUAUCUCAGACAGGCACUUUCCUCAGCAUUUACCAAUGAGCAGCAAAAACUAUGCAGCACAAUUUAUCUUAGCUUAUCCGAACUCUACAGUCAUCACAGACGGUAUGGAGAAGCCAUUGUUUAUAUGGAGAAAGUACUGGACUUCAAUACUUCUGCCCACGUGGGAGAAACUAUUAACCAUUUAGUUUCACUUGCUUGGUUAUAUAUUCUUCACAGGCAAAAUACUGUCGCUUUGGCCAUCCUAAAUACCAUUGUAGACUCUUCAUUGAGUAGUCCUCAGCAGUUAGGUGUUAUUUAUAAUAUGACUGCCAUUGCUUUGAAACGAACCAACAACAUAAAGCAAGCUGCUGCGAGUUACUACAAGGCUCUGCACGUUUCAGAAGAGGCUGAUAUGGUACACAACCAUGCUGUAGUUCUGGCUAAUUUUGGAACUCUCUGCCUGCAUUUAGCAGCCAAUUGUUUGGCAGAGCACUACUAUGUCAAAGCAGUAAAGCUAUUCUCUGGACUUCCAAGCUUGGAUGGUGGUCACAAUUUCACUCAAGUCCUCCUCCAACUGGGACGCUAUUAUGCUAAUGGAACUCAUAAGAAAAGAGGACAAUUUUAUUAUGAAUGGGCAUUAUUGGUGGCAAUGGAAACAAAUCAUUUGGAAAGUCAGCUCCAAGCUGUUCAGUUGCUGUGUCAAUUCUACACUACAGUUGUUCCAGAUGAAGCUCAGUGUGUCAUUUACAAUGAAUAUCAACUAUCCUUGGCUCGGAAAAUGUCAGACAAAGUUUUGGAGGGGCAAAUUUUGGAAACCAUCAGUCAGCUGUAUCUCUCUUUAGGCACAGAAAGGGCUUACAGAUCAGCUCUGGAAUAUACCAAAAGAAGCCUUGGAAUAUUUAUAGAUCUUCAGAAGAAAGAGAAAGAGGCAUAUGCUUGGCUUCAGGCAGGAAAGAUCUAUUACAUUCUGAGGCAGAAUGAGCUAGUGGAUCUUUAUAUUCAGGUUGCUCAAGAUGCUGCUCUUUGUAAUGGGGAUCCAAACUUAGGAAUGGAAUUGUUUGAAGCUGCAGGAGACAUAUUUUUCAAUGGUACCUGGGAGAAGGAAAAAGCAGUGUCAUUCUACAGGGACAGGGCUCUUCCACUUGCCAUUAAGACUGGAAACAAAAAGGCAGAACUCCGAUUAUGCAACAAACUAGUGCAAUUGCUGGUAAAUCUACAGGAUUCUGAGGACAGUCUGGAAUAUGCACAAGUAUCCCUCACACUUAGUGUGAAGUUAGGAAAUCAGCUAAAUGAACGAAUAGCAUAUCACAGACUGGCUACUAUCCAUCAUCGCCUGGGUCAGUGCGAACUUGCUGAACACUUUUACUUAAAAGCGUUGUCCCUUUGCUCCUCUCCUCUGGAAUUUGAUGAGGAAUCAAUGUAUUAUGUGAAAGUGUAUCUAAUCCUAGGAGACAUUAUAUUCUAUGACCUAAAGGAUCCUUUUGAUGCAGCAGGAUAUUAUCAUUUGGCACUUGCAGCUGCCAUGGACUUGGGCAACAAAAAGGCUCAGCUGAAGAUUUACACAAGGCUCGCAAUAAUCUACCACAAUUUCCUUAUGGAUCGGGAGAUGUCUCUUUUCUUCUAUCAGAGAGCAAGAACCUUUGCAACAGAGCUUAACGUUCGGAGAAUAAACCUGGCACCUGAUCAGUAUUAUAAGAAUGCAACAUGGGUACCUGUGAAAAAUGCCAUGUGACAACCUACCAGGCAGCUAGAGAAAUAUCAUUUUGGUUUUGUCAGACAACACCUAAUGUUCCUUGAUAUUCUGUAUUGUACAUAAUGUAUAUGGGACUUCAGUGCCACAGGCUAAUGGCCCUGUCUAGACAACAGUGGGCCAAAUUUCACUUUUGUUGACUCAUGUGCAACCACAUUUUCUUCAAUGGAAUUGGACAUGGACAUGUCAGGGCAGAAUUUAGCCUAACUGAACUAACUAAAAAACCCACCCACAAACUUUUUUGUAUUAGAAGACAUUUUCUGUAUUAAGUGCUUAAGUUCCUGGUUUUGAAAACUCAUACAGGUCUUGGAAUGUGAUAAAUAUAAGUAUGCAAUGAAGUGUGGUAAUAAAGCAUUGUAGAGUGAUAACAUUCA